CAUUAUUUUAGAUAAAAGCCAUGACUGAAAAUCACAAUGAAAAUGAACUUAAUAAUAACGAGCCACGCGCGAUACAAAUCAUAGAAGCUAAACCCGAUCACACUUUCGAAUUGAACUUAGAUGCACUGAAAGAUGUCGUCCAGAGGCCUCAUGUCCGCGACAAACGAGUCAUGGUACUCUCGGUCGCCGGAGCGUUCCGAAAGGGCAAGUCGUUCCUCCUAGAUUUCCUUUUAAGGUACCUAAAAAGACAAGCAGUGUCGGGAUCUCGGAACGACUCUUGGAUUGGCGAGGCUGAAGAUAAAUUACUUGGCUUUUCGUGGCGCAGUGGGUCCGAACGAGACACGAACGGAAUUCUGAUGUGGAGCGAACCAUUCUUCGUGAAGACAAACUCGGGCGAUGAAAUUGUUGUUCUGCUAAUGGAUACGCAGGGAUCCUUUGAUAACCAGUCCACGGUUAGGGAUUGUGCGACCAUUUUUGCUUUGUCGACUAUGAUCAGUUCGGUGCAGGUUUUCAAUAUUAGCAUGAAUGUUCAAGAGGACGACUUGCAACACUUACAACUGUUCACAGAGUACGGUAGGCUUGCAUUGCAAUCGGCUCAAGGGAAGCCGUUUCAGAGACUAGUGUUCCUGGUUCGAGACUGGAGUUUUCCCUACGAGUACCCAUACGGCGCAGAAGGUGGGGCUAAAAAAUUGUCUAAAAUUUUACAAGUUUCCGAGAAGCAGCAUGAUGAAUUGAGAAAUGUAAGGGGUCAUAUAAGUAGUUGUUUUUCGCAUGUUGACUGUUUUCUAAUGCCACACCCUGGCUUGAAAGUGGCGACCUCGCCUGAAUUUGUGGGUCAAUUAAAAGACAUAGAGGUGGAAUUCCAGAACCAACUGAAAGACCUUGUCAAGUAUCUCUUCAGUCCCGAGAAGUUGCAGUGUAAAAUGAUCAACGACCAGGCUAUCACGGCGUCCGAUCUGGUCGCUUAUUUUGAAUCGUACAUGAAAAUAUACCAAGGUGACGAGCUACCGGAGCCAAAGACUAUGCUGCAAGCCACUGCCGAGGCGAACAAUCUCGCCGCUGUUUCCGCUGCCAGAGAAUUGUACCAGCGAGAACUGGAAUUAUUUUGCGGAGGCGACAAGCCUUAUAUGAAGCCAGAAAUCAUGGAAACCCAUCACAAACAUCUCUCCGAAAAGGCUUUAGAAAAGUUCAAAUCCGUUCGCAAAAUGGGAGGAUCCGAAUUCAGCGAACAGUACGCGCUGCAGUUACAUGAUCAAUUAACCGAAAUAUACGUAAGUUACACUAAGCAGAACGAAGCUAAAAACCUGUUUCACACGGCCAAGACCCCCCUCACAUUGUUCAUAUUAGUCAUCGCUUGUUAUUUGCUCUCCGGAACCUGUGUGAUGUUUGGCGUCUAUUCUGUGGCUAACAUAUUUAACAUCAUCAUGGGCGUGGUGAUUCUUUCCCUAUGUACCUGGGCGUAUUCGAGACUUACGGGGGAUUAUGGGGAAGUGGCGACUGUGAUUGACACUUUUGCUGAAGUCGCCUGGGACAACUUCGUCUCAAAUAUUGUGCAGAAGGUGACUGAAAAAACAGCCAUUUCAAAUUUCAACCGAUUUCAAACUCAACAGCAACCCAACGCCAAUGGCGACACCGCGAAAAAUAAAUAGAAAUCAAAGUUUUUUUUAGAAAAACUCCAGAGCUGCCGGUAGUUUUAAAAGAGCAAAUAGCUAUAUCAUAUUUAGAGCAGUGAGAACCCUAUUAAUGUAGUAGAGUGUUGCUAUGUAUGUCACGCAAGUCCUUUCAGUCCAAUCACAGCUUUUUCUUUGGUGUUGUCUGGUAGAUUUCAAAUCACCUGCUCUUCUGUCAAUCAUUAAAAUUAAUUAAUUAUGUAUUUAAUUAGUUGAUUAAAUAAAGUAUGCCCUCUUUUCGGGCCUUGAUAUGCAUUGUAUUUGCAUGGCUUAAGCACCAGUUUAUAUAUUUUUUCCCGUUUUGCUUAAUAUUUUUUAUCAGAUUAUAAUUGAUAAUGAUGAAUUUAAAAACAAUUUUACUCUAAAAUUACC